AUGUUCAUCAAUCGCUUCCUAAGUAGUAGCAUUUUGACCAAGCCAUUGUUCAGCGCUCAGCUCGGGAUCCUCAUUGCCUGCAUCAAUGCCAAGAAAAGAAUCCUAGAAUGGGGAUGGCCGAGUUGGGAGCAGGUUAAUUGGACUUCCAUCCAGUCUGUCACAGACAAGAAGGAUGCCUUAUUAACAUGGUCCCAGCAGAGCCACCGCUACCCAGUCUUCCUCGGGAGAAUGAUGAGCCACUACUAUGGGGAAGGUUGCACAAUUCGUGCAAGAGAGUGGAAUAACGGGAUUCAGGCUGUUGUCGCGACUUCCCUGAACUGCCUUAACUUUUCUACGUGGCGGACGGUUUUGCUUGAACUAGAAGUGUUUUCGUCUUUGGCAGCCAACAUAUCUGUAUCCAUCCUCGACUUGGGUUAUGCCCGGUACUACGGCUCAGUCGUUACAGCGACCAACAUCACCAGUUUCCUUGGAAUACAGCGACUUGAGAUGAGUAGCUCUGUAGCCUCCAUUGACCCCUCUGGCGUUUGGCUGUUGUCGUUGUUGGUGAUCACCAGUAACUUGGUCCGGUUAUCAUGAACGAGAAAGCGGCGCACGCCCAUGUGACAAAAUCAUUCUUCGAACGUCUCGUUGUACUUGGCAACAGAUCCAUUCGUCCGCAUGCACCCUUGUUUGUCUGAAUUCCCUCGAAAAUGUUCGAUGAAAGCACUCUACGGAAUGGUGCCACUGCUCCCGAACGUUUUCACAAGAAUGUCGAUCGCUGUGGCCCGCCCCAAACAUCCCGGUGUUCUUC